AUGUUUCUCCCCUCACGUAAAGGAGCGACCAUGCUGUAUCUCCUGAGCUUGGCUUCUUCUUUGAUGUUCUUGGUCAAGCCGGUAUCUGCUGGCCUGCAAUGCACUCCCAAUCAAGACUGCGUGGGAAACGAUCAGAAGCAUCUCUCGGACGCCAUGGACCCUAAGCAGUGCUUACUUGAUUGCCUUUCCGCUCAGGGAAACAUGGACGAUUGCAAGCAUACGUUGAUUCGAGUCUUUUAUGGAAGCAGAAUCAAAGGAUCCUGCUUUCGUUGCACGAGAGGCUUGGGGAUAUACAAUACCGGUACCGGUAGCAACGAAGUACCAGGCACAGGCUGCACCUUCUCCGUGGAUGCUACCGGUACUGGUAGCAAUAGUAGCCCCCAAGACGACGCCUCCAAAUCUCUCGCUGCAUUGAAUGAUGCAGUCAGAAAACAAGAGCUCUUGGAAGGUCACCCACAGACACAGACUACUGGUACCCAGGAUCAAUCAGGCAUGGUGGCUACCGCAACUCUUCGUAGUGUGGCUGCCGGAGAAAGAAUCAAACUGACCUUCCAGACGUGGAAUGGACACACGUAUGAAUACCAUGGAGAGUGCGACUUGACGUGGAUCCAUGCCCCCUUGUUUGACGAAGCCAAUCAACAGACAUUGACCAUUGCAGUCCGCACCAGGAGUCGAAUCGACUAUUCCUACAUUCAAUCCGUGGUCGUCAAAAUUGGAGACGAGGUGUUAGAGGUCAGCAGCUUUGGGGACUACGCCCUCCAGGGUGUCGCCAACGCACCACUCUCGUCCAACACCAUUGCCGGAUACCCCAUUACCCGCACAACCAUCAACGACGAGAGGAUGAGCAUUUUCUCCAUUUCUCUUGGCGACAACGAUGAUGAUGAGUUCAUUCUUCUACGUACCUUCAAGGAUUAUGUCUCGGUCAAGCUGUUGAACCCGAGCGAGAAACGAUACCGCGAGAGUUCUGGAAUGAUGGGACAAUAUGGAACCGGAAGGUUGUUGGGCAGGGAUGGAGUCACGUUGGUCGAGGAACCCAAUGCGCUGGCGGCCGAGUGGCAGGUCCGCGAUUAUCACGACCUUUUCCAGAUGAUUCGAGCGCCCAGUUUCCCGAUAAGUGCAUUCUUGCCAAAGCUAACAUUCGUCUGGUGGUCGCCGUCUUUUGGGAGAAGCAACGACCGUGUCUUCCAAAGCUGCGGAAGAGGCAUGUGUUGCAGCGGGUGCGGAGAACUUGCAAGGUUGCAUCCACGAUGUCAUGGUCACGGGUGA